GCCUCGACCUACCAGGGAGAUUUCUCUUUGCAAUCUUGACUCUGAUGGUGUUAAUUGCCAAUCUGGUGUUUAUAGAGGAAGUGGUCUAUAUCUACAGGAAAAUCCCCUCCUCCAAAAGGUCAAUCAUCAUUUGGAUUAAUGCUGCAGCUCCAGUGAUCGCCACUACUUCGUGCAUUGGCAUGUGGAUUCCUCGCUCAACAAUAUUUACAGAUUUCACAGCAGCAGUAUUUUUUGCCAUAGUUAUCCACAAGUUCCUGAUGAUGAUGAUUAAAGAAUGUGGAGGUCAAAAGCUGCUCCUCAGGCGGUUUGAAAAUGAUCACUUCAAGAUCAGCACCGGCCCCUGCUGUUGCUGCUGCCUCUGCCUCCCGCGUGUGCGCAUCACUAGGCGAACUCUCUUUUGGCUGAAGCUGGGCACCUUACAGUUUGCUUUCUUUCGACCCGUGCUCAUGUUUUUAUCAAUAGUGCUUUGGACUAAUGGCAAUUACACCCUUUCCAAUUUAUAUCCCAAAGGAGCUGCAAUAUGGAUUAACUGCUUCGUUGGUGUCCUCACCAUUCUUGCUCUGUGGCCAGUUGCAAUCAUGUUUUUACAAGUUAAAACUGUCCUUACCUGUAAGAAGAUCAUCCCAAAGUUUGCUCUUUAUCAGUUUAUUCUCAUACUGAACAACCUGCAGACAGCUAUUAUCAACAUCUUGGCCACACGAAGAAUCAUUCCCUGUGCCCCACCACUCUCCUCCUCAGCAAGAGGAGCAUAUGUGACCCAUCAGCUCCUCAUCAUGGAAAUGUUUCUAAUAACCCUAAUCUCAAGGGUGGUCUAUCGGAGAAGAUACCAUGACCUAGAGCCUCCAGAAUGUAUGGCUGAAGAAGCUGGGGCCAACAAGCAGACUCCUAAGACUAUGCUGAAUGGCACAGUUAGUGAAGAUGGAUUGCCAAAGUUUUAG